UUUCAUAUUUGGUCAAGACGUCCGACAGCGAAUAUUGCCUUAUAUAACUGGACCGAAUCGACAAUGGCAUUGCAGUAAGGCUAUGUCUCAACUCGACAUAUAUCAAACCCUGAAUCUACAUGCUCCCACCAUACAAACAACCCACUCGCCCAGCCCGUGGCGAUCCCCAAGCUCCUUCUGCUGACUCGGACAAGCGAAUAGUUAAAGACUAUCUUUUUAUUAAUGUCAUUUAUGAUCAGAUUUGAACGGAUAACCUGCCUUGUUGACCUCAGCUACAGUGUGCCGAUUUGUGUAUCGCUUUCCCCUGCUUUUUCUGCUGCGUACGUCAACCCAGUUGGCAAGUUCGAUCCAUUCAUCGCUUUUGGAGGAGACCGGACCGAAAACGAUGGAGCUGAAGUACUGUAAUAGAAGGUUUGGGGCAAACAUGCGAUGGUACCAGUCCCAAUUCGAAUUUGUGAAGCAGAAUUGCGUGGAUGUCAAGACGGCAGAAUCAAGAAUUUGGCUCAAGAGAUUAUCUACUUCGUGGUCAUAUAUAUAGGAGAGAUACGUCUAUAUAAGUUCCAUUGUUCUAUAGACACAUCGUGUGCGCCUGUGUGCUGUACUUUAUAAUGGGUGAAUAAACCAGAGGUUUGUACUUAGCUUUGUGUUCAUAGUCUUGGUCGUAAGGGUGGCCAGCGCUGUAAGUACUUUUUCAUGCGCUGGCGCUACAACCUGUUUCACAAAAGUUUUGCGGAGACGGGGAUGCGGGGAUGACGGAUCUUUUCUGUCUUGAAGAUGCUACAUCCUCCCGUAGCUCGGACCAUCCCGGUCCCUCCCUGUAGAACUCAGUUUUGCGCGCCGGAGACAUGGUUGCUUCGCCGUGGUCUGUAUCAUCUUGAUCAGUUGAUUUCGAUUCAUGGUCUGUGAUCAUCU